AUGAAAUUUAAUGAGAACACCAGGUAUGGUACAACAAAUGUUGUUAUAGAAAGGCACACCAUUGUUGAAACCUCCUCAGCACUUCCGUUUGAACGGCGUGAUCUAAGUCAAGAUACCACCAUCAGCUCUCUGAGCAAUGUUUCAUCUGGUCAGCAAGUCACCAUUAAAGGCCAUUUAACAGACCUAUUUGGCUCCAAGAAGAUCCUGUCCAGGUCGGGUCAAGAACUCAUCAAACAAGAUGGACUUGUGUCAGAUGCCACUGGCACAAUUAAGGUAACAUUUUGGGGUACCUUUGUUGAUGAAGCACAAAAAGGAAACACUUAUAACUUCAAACAAUUUAUAUAUAAAACGACAACUUUGGAAUUUAUAUCACAACAUCAUCGAGUCUUUCCACACUUGAGGAAACAGAGGCAUUCGAGGGACCACUUGCCAAACCCGAUAUCAGUCAGGAAGCCCUCACAAACAAAGAACUGAUUGUCAAUCUCCUUGGACUUUCCUCAGCCAGCCAACACAUCAGCUGCUCCUCGUGUAGAAGAAAGAUUGAAAGCGAAGAUAACCCUAGUAUUGCAUUCUGUUCAGCAUGCAACCUUACUCAAAAAGUAAGUCGUUGUUCAAAACAGUGGAUAGUUAAACUGUUUCUUCAAAGCAACGAAAAUCCCAACCAUAAAUUCAAUGUAACAGCUUUCAACAACAUUGUGCAGCAGCUCGUAGCUAGAUGUUUCACAGAUGACUCCCUAGAUCAAAUGACACCAAAACAGCUUACCAAUCAUUUGAUAGCAGAUAUUGAUGAACUCCACAUUGUAUAUGACACUAUCCAGAAAAAAAUCAUUGAACUAUCCUGA